AUGCAUUUUCACAAUGAAGCAAUCAAGAGAUCGGAUCCGCUGACGUUGGCUAGCAAUAAAUGCAUAGAUUCAAAAGAAGAAAACCCUACAAGCAAAGUUAAAGAGGCAGAUUCCAAAGUUCCGACAACCAGUGAUCAACCAAUCCCAGAAGGUUUCUUUGAUGAUCCAAUUUUAGACGCAAAGGUUCGAAACAUUGAAUACAAAGAUCCUGUCGAAGAAGAGUGGGAAAAAUUUCAAAAAGAAAUCAAAGAAGAAACGACUACGUCUGCUGAAAUAAUAGCCGGUGAACAAGAGGAAGCAACAGCUGAAAGACAGAUUGACGAAAUAGAUGAACAAAUAAGGAACUGGUCUAGGGUUUUAGAUUUAGAGCUAAAAAAAGAAGAAACAAAAAAGAAAAAGGAACAUGUAGAACUGAUGAAUGAAGACGGAGAAAAUGACUCUGAAAAUGAUGCAGAUAUUGAUGAGUUUUUAGAUUGGCGAGCAAAAAAUUCGUACAGU